AUGGUCAGCAAGCUUCUUUCACUUCCAGGGUUGUACGAUGCGCCCUCUGUCGAGUACAGUGCUUCAAGUAUCCAUGUAAUUUGGACAGCCUGGGACAGAAAUCAUGAUUUUGGUAACAGAAAUUCUAGCAGUUACGCUUUGAAAUACUGGAAGACGUUAUCAACGGAUGAAGCAGCAACGAUUGAUAACAUAACGGAUACUCGAAUAGACAUCAGCAUUUCGUUGAUAGAUUACAAUCAAUCUUACAGUGUGACUGUGUCAGUAAAUGCUGAUAUUGACGGCGUGUCAACACAAGGAAUUGCUAGCCCAGUCACGGCAUUCAGUCCUAUUGAGCCUCCAUCCUUUUCAUGUAACCCGUGUAACUUCACUCGACUUGCAAACUUUUCCACUGUUGUAACGUGUGAUAUUUGGAGUUUCAAUGCACACAGCGGUAUGGGAAUUGUACAAGGGUACACUAUAGAAUAUUGGAACGUGAACACACCAAGUAUUUUGUACUCAGUCAGUGUAGAUGAACCUGAUCAGUCGCGAAGUUAUACGGUUCUACUACCUGAAGUGUAUGUGUACUACUCGUUCAAAGUAGUUGUGAUGGCAAACUUUGAGCACAAAGGUGUAUAUAUAUAUGGAACACGAAGCUCCUCUCUGAGCAUUCCAAAAGUUAAGGUACCUGAUAUUACAGCAUUUAGUGCAGUAUAUAUUCUAGACAGUGAUGAAACUGAAACGGAAAUGCAUGCUUACACCGGCCUUGAGGAGGGCUUCAACGACAACGUCAUAUUUGGUGUCGGUUUAUGGGUUGACGACAACGGGACACAUUAUGGAGAAAAAGAGUUAGUAAAUCAAGAGAACACAGUAGACAAUUCUAUAUUCACUUAUGGUACGACUUAUACCAAAUGCACAGGAAUUGGUAGUAAGGCCCUGUACUGUACCCUUAAAUUUCCCUCUGCUCUUGGUGUACGCCGAGUCGGUGUAAAAUACAUGUGGACAAAAUUUGAAGGUUGCAGUGCUUCAGCGUCAAUGGUGUUUCUAGCAAAUAAAGGCACCAUUGUACCAGAGCAUCGAACCAUUACAACAAGUAUUGGUGACACAGUUAAGCUGGUAAUGAUGAUUCAUGAUAGUAUAAAUCUCAGUAGCUUACGAUGGAAGAAAGAUGGAGGAUCCGAUAUCAUAGAGUGGGCAGGGUUAAGCAACGCGACCAUUGAAAACGUUCGGCAAAAAGACGCUGGUAUUUACGAAUGUUAUCCGGAAGGACGACGGCACAAGGGUCAACACGCUAUAGUACGAGUAAUUGUUCGAGAGUGUCCUCGUGGGAAGUGUCUACCUCCAGAUUGUAAAAUUGACUGCCCUGUAUGCUAUAAUGGGGGCGUGUGUUCUGCUCAAUUCGGACCUUGUAUCUGUCCCCCGGGCUUCAAAGGAGAUAACUGUGAAGAAGCGUGUGGUAAUAAUAAUUGGGGACGCGAUUGCACUAUUAUAUGCAACAGUACAGGUACAACCAAUUGUAAAGGAUCUUUUUUUUGUCCACCUGACCCUGUUGGUUGCUCGUGUAUGUCAGGAUACGACGGUCUUGAUUGCAGCAGAGCAUGUGACACAGAAAUAACUGGCAAGUAUGGACCAGGAUGCCUUCUUGACUGUCACUGUAACGCUACUGAAUGUCGGCCAUCAGAGGGUUGUAACGAAGACGCCAUUUGUCAUUCUGGUUACAUUGGAACGCGUUGUCUAGAGAGGGACCCGGAUGUUGAAUGCCCCAAUGGAUUUUAUGGCCCACAAUGCACCAAAAUAUGUCAUUGCCGAAGCUUGUCGAAAUGUGAUCGAAAUAAUGGAAGUUGCCAUGAUGGUGAUGUUUGUGAAGACGGAUGGGCCGGAUUAGGAUGCCAGCAAGUUCUUCCUGCCCUGAGUGAUGCUCCACUAGUGAGAAUGUUUCUAAAUACCUGUAAUGUCGAGAUUAGUUGGUCAAUCUGGAGUCUGGACAAUGACUACGGCCGUGGAAACGUCCACAGUUACCAGCUGGAAUACUGGCCAACUAGUCACAUCACCGAUUUAGUUGUUUUAAAUACCACAAUGGACACGGAAAUGAACAUAUCGAGGACACAAAUGAACAAUAACACAGAAUAUAGUUUCACAGUAAAGGUUGUUACUGAUGUUGAGGGUGUGUUAGUGGUUGGAAAACCUAGUCCACUGGCAGUUCAGAUAUAUCUUUCAGAUCUUCAAGAUCUUCCAGCUCUAAGCAAUGCUCCACUCUUCGAAGUGUUUGCGAAUUUUUUCAAUAUCAGUUGGUCGAUCUGGAAUUUUUACAAGGAAUAUGACUGUGGAACCGUUGACAGUUAUCAGUUGGAAUUUUGGCCAACUAAUGAUACCAGCGAUUUAGUUCUUUUAAAUGUUGCAAUAGGCACCGAAACGAGCAUAACAUGCGCAGAUAUAAAAUACAACACGGAAUACAGUUUCACAGUAAAGGUUCUUACUGAGGUCGACGGUGUAUUACUUGUUGGAAAACAUAGUCCGCUGGCAUUUCAUCAGAUAUAUCUUCCAGCUCUAAGCAAUGCUCCACUCAUCAAAAUGUUUGCGAAUUAUUUCAAUAUUAGUUGGUCGAUCUGGAAUUUUUAUAAUGACUACGGCUGUGGAACCGUUGACAGUUAUCGGUUGGAAUUUUGGCCAACUAAUGAUACCAGCGAUUUAGUUGUUAUAAAUGUUACAGUAGGCACCGAAACGAGCAUAGCGUGCGCAGAUAUGAACUACAACACGGAAUACAGUUUUACAGUAAAGAUUCUUACUGACGUCGACGGUGUAUUACUGGUUGGAAAAGCUAGUCCGCUGACAUUUCAUCAGAUAUAUCCGCCGGUUCUACAAAAUCCACCAUCUUUUAUUUCACGCAGUUCACUUGGUAUCAACGUCAACUGGACCGAGUGGGCAUUCAAUCGUGAUGAUGGCAUUGGAUGUGUAACUGGUUACGUUGUUGAAUGGUGGGAUGCAGUGGAAGCCUGGAAUAUCAGCAACAACACAUUUAAUGGAAAGCCUUCUGAAGGAAUACUCAUCCCUGAUAUUCCAUACUAUACUACUCUGGUUUUGCAAAUCAAAACGCUCUAUAAUAAAAGAAGCAGUGAAGUCAUCGGAUUACCAAGUCCAUUACUGGUUAUAUUUAGAGAGGAAUGUCCGUAUGGCUGGAAGCAAUUCGAAAAAACAUGCUAUUUGUUUGGUGAAAAUGUCAAUAAUUGCGAUGACGCAAACUCGUUUUGUCAAAAAGAGAGUGCAAAAUUGGUAUCAAUUACAUCACGAGAGGAAAAAGAUUUUGUAUUGUCACAAUCAAGCAACAUAUCCCAUGAAUACUGUUGGAUUGGGGACUGGAACUGGACACAAGACGGGGAAGGAAAAUGUACACAAUUUUACCCAACUUCUGUCUCCUGGUCCGACGGCCCUUGUGAAAGCAAUCAAACAAGAGCCGUCUGUGAGAAAGAUGUUCAGAAAUUUGGCUGUCUUGAUGGAAGUUGGCAUGGUUAUAAGGAUAAUUGUUACCGCCAUUAUAGCAAUCUGUCAUUAUGGCCCACAGCUGUAUCUUUUUGCAGAGGGCUGAGAAAUGCUGACCUGGCCAGCAUCCAUUCACAAAAGGAGGAUGAGUUUAUUCAGACUAUCAUUCAAUACUAUGACGGAUAUUCGUGGAUUGGUUUAAAUUCUUCUGACGAGGAACACUGGAGCGAUGGAACUUACGUUAACUACAGUGUCAUCGAAACUGGUGCAGAAGGUGGGUGCGUUGUAUACAGCCAGGAAAAUCACGUAUUCUCUUGGAAAACUCAACUGUGCGCAUCAUCACCACAUGCGUACGUGUGUAAGGAUAUGAGAGGUAAUAUUUAUUGUGUUAACUGUCGAAUACUGAAUUGUUUCUAACGCAUUGGUGUAAACAAAAUUUGACUAAUGGUACGAAGAGUUAACAAUAUAACGCCUUACAACAUAUUAGCUCAAAUUCUAACAUGUUUACUCUUUUCACAGCAUUAACAGAAAACAGAAUUUUCUUUACAGCAUUAACGAUAUUUUUUUACAGCAUUAAUCCCGUUUACUCUACAGCGUUAACAUUUUAUCCACAGCAUAAAACAAACUGGAAGUAAUUUUUUUCACGUAUCUGACCAUGAUUUAUGUUAAAGGGUUAACAAAGUUUUAUUUCAGCUACCAAGGAAUAUUUCCUUUCCACUUGUUCUUUGUCUUUGAUUUCAACGGAAUUUGCUGUUUGAGUGUUGGAUCAAUCGAUUACUCACAAGAAGACGGGAUGGGUGCAUUGUUGAAGAUGACUUAAAUGGAUAAGAACACAUAAUGGUAGGAAAUGGAGGCGUUCUCAUCAAUGACGAUAUUAGCAUUUUUCCUGUAAAUGUGCUCUCGAAACUAUGUUAAUGAGGAAAGUGAACCCCACGGUGUGACAGCUGGAGAAGUACCACGAUUCCCUCUUUAUCAAGUAAUUGCUGUAAACAGGAAGAACAGGCAAUAUUUCGCAUGGAAAAAGUUGUACUCAUAAAAUCUUCGUGUUAAAUAUGACAUCCAGGAACAUUUUGCAGUUUUUCAGACACCUUUCAAACAUUCGGACAUUAAUUGUAUCGAUAUCAAGAAUAGUUUUAGUCCAUAAUGAAAAACAAAACCAAGAAAAGUUAUCCGUAUCAUUUAACAAAAAACACUGACGUGCGUUGCUGCUUAUCUGACCUGAAAAAAAAUGUAUCUGGCAUUGGCUACACAUCUAGUUGCUAAAGUUUGUCUUAAAAUUGAUGUAAUAAAAUGUAGAAUCAUGCCUAGUAUCGAGUGAGUCAUCAAUGAAUAAAUGGUUGGAUACCUUAAAAAGGUAUUUUUUCAACAGUUACCAUCCCAGCAGUUUUAGGAAUGAGGAGCUAAUGAAUAUAUGAACAUACGUUAUGAACAUUUUCGAGAGAUAGAAAAGCAAGAACCUAAUUUAACCAGUUAAUUUAUUUGUAAAUAAACAAUGAACAAAUACGCAGAUGAUCUGAAUUGACAUUCUAUACAAUGUAACUGUACAAUUCUGUCUUUCUAUUUAGACACACAGUCGCAUUUAGUACUAAUAAUACACACAGUUACAAAUCCAUACAUGAUACCUUGUCAACAUGGCUGCCAGAACACAUGAGUAGCAUUUAAUAUGUACUCCAUUGCCCGCUUUGCAAGGCUACUACAAAGACGUUUGUCUGUGUUCAGUAUAUUAUAUCUACCUCCAUGAUUACAUUAACCAUCAGUGAUGCUGUAUGAAAAUGAUUUCUGGAGGCCUUCUCAAUUUAAACAGAGAAACUGAACUAUUUGUUUUCAUAAUUCAUGCUGGAGGCGUGUUUUCAACAUCUUCUGAUUAAGUAUCACUUCAAAGGAAAACUUA